UCCCAAAAUGGGCAGGCUUAAGUUUCGUAACAAAUUGGGCACAGCUCCUGUAUCCAAACAGUCCCCCAGUCGAACCCAGGGAUACAAGCGGAACGUUUAUGAGCCCUUGGACUGAAGAAAAAACUGUCUCUUUGCUGCUUUCUCAAGGGUUUGUAAUCUGUGCUUGCAGGUUAAGACUGCUGUCUAUUGCAUGGAUUUCAGUUGUGGCUUCUGUGUGUGUAUGAUCAGUCUAAGCAGUGGGGUAGUAGGUGCCGCUACUAUUGCUGUAGGAAAGCAACACUCCUGUUAUCCCUGGGUUCUCGGUGGGACUGUAAAAGCACUUGGAAAGGCGCUGGAACUGUGAACUUCUGGGGUGCGGUGGGUUGUAUUUUUAUAUGGCAAUCGUGGGGUGCAGGGCCGAAGAAACAACUUGUGCUUUCCGUUCCUCAGCCAUGCUGUUCCACGGCAUCUCCGGGGGCCACAUUCAAGGCAUCAUGGAAGAAAUGGAGAGGCGAUCCAAGACUGAGUCACGCCUUGCGAAGGGGGUGCAGAUCAACGGUCGAGACACGAGUAUGCCACCACUGAGCCCAGAGAAACCAGCCUUAUGUGCGGGUUGUGGAGGGAAGAUCUCGGACCGCUACUAUCUGCUGGCUGUAGACAAGCAAUGGCACCUCCGGUGUCUUAAAUGCUGUGAAUGUAAACUGGCUUUAGAGUCCGAGCUCACUUGCUUUGCUAAGGAUGGCAGCAUUUACUGCAAGGAGGAUUACUACAGAAGGUUCUCCGUGCAGAGAUGUGCCCGCUGCCACCUUGGCAUCUCCGCUUCUGAGAUGGUGAUGAGAGCCCGGGACUCAGUCUACCAUUUAAGCUGUUUCACGUGUACCACUUGCAACAAAACCCUAACCACGGGAGACCAUUUUGGUAUGAAGGAGAACCUGGUGUAUUGCCGGGUGCACUUCGAGAAUCUGCUGCAGGGAGACUACCCACACCCGUCCUUAAACUACACAGAGCUGGCUGCAGCCAAAGGCGGAGGGCUUGCAGCAUUGCCUUACUUUAACGGCACUGGCACAGUCCAGAAAGGAAGGCCGAGAAAAAGAAAGAGCCCGGCUCUUGGGGUAGACAUAGUCAGUUACAACUCAGGUUGUAAUGAGAAUGACACUGAUCACAUGGACAGAGACCAGCAGCCAUAUCCUCCUUCUCAAAAGACAAAACGUAUGCGCACAUCCUUCAAACACCAUCAGCUUCGUACCAUGAAGUCCUACUUUGCAAUCAACCAUAACCCAGAUGCAAAAGAUCUGAAGCAACUUGCUCAGAAAACGGGCCUUACAAAGAGAGUCCUUCAGGUUUGGUUCCAAAACGCAAGAGCCAAAUUCAGAAGGAAUCUUUUGCGGCAAGAGAAUGGGGGUGUUGAUAAAGCUGAUGGCACGUCAUUACCACCACCUCCCCCAGCAGACAACGACGCUCUAACUCCACCUGGCACUGCGACCACUUUAACAGACUUGACCAAUCCCACUAUCACUGUAGUGACAUCAGUGACCUCUAGCCUGGACAGCCACGAAUCCGGGAGCCCCUCACAAACUACCUUAACGAACCUUUUCUAACAAUUUUUUACAAGACAUUUUUCCAAGCAGAAAACUUGGAGGAAGAGCUUGGUGUGUAGCGUCUGCAACCACUUGGCAACUGAGUUUGCAGAACUAUGUUAUAUAUAUUGAUAUUGUGUUUACCUAUCUUAGGCUCCUUAAACAAAAAAUAAUCCACCGGAAUAUUUGAAGGGGAGGUUAAAAUAAAUAACUGCAUAUCUUAAAUAGCUUUAAUAAGUGCCUCUUAAAAUUAUAUAUUUCUUAUUUCCAAUAUCUUGUAAUAUGACCUAAUACUUGAAAAGUAACAUAGUGGAUCCAUCACUUCAGUGCUUUUAAAUGAAUACCUUUGCACCAGAUUUUGUAUGUAACUUUUGUAAAUGUGUCUUUUUAUGUUACAGUACAUUUUUCAGUCUAUCCUGAUAUUUAUCAGUCAUUACUCUACCCCACAUACUGGAUUUUGAUAUGAAAGAGUGCUCCUAAAAGCAGAAUUUCUAUUUAUUUUCCUGGUAUCUAGCUACAAAUUAUUGUAAGUGAAACAUAGUACAAAUUGUUAGCCUUCAUUUAAUUUAUUGCUGUUUUGUGUGCAAGAUAAUGGAAAUUAGCAAAAUAUAAUUUUAUAAGCUUUUCAGCAAACAUAUUUUAGUAAGUUACAGUUAUUGUGUUCAUUUGUUUACUCCUUCAAGCAUUUCAUGCGGUACUUAAUUUAAGAGGGUCUAACACAUGCAGAACAUAUAAACAAAUAAAUAUAUAUUACAUUCAAAUCCAAAUGUUUACUUUUUUAGUUAUUGUUUUAAUGAGACAUGACUCAAAAACAGUAUGUGUUAGACAGGGACUAUAACUGUCUACUUGUUUUGUACUAGAUGAAAAACAACAAACUCAAAAGCCCUGUGGAUGCUGAUAAGAGCAUGUUAGAUGGUUUAUAGUUGAAAAAAAUGUUUUCAUUCUUUUUAAUGCAUUGGAAUGGUCUGGGCAGUGGUGAGUGUGUGCUUCUACAGAGCUAAGCUAUAAACAGAGGCCAGAUAAUCCAGCUGUUGUCUUUUUCACAGGAAACUUUAUAAACAACUUACACAGCACUGUUCACUUGGAUUGUGGAAAAUAAUUUAGCACUUUUACUCCACAUAGAACCAAAUAUGCCUCAUUAAGUUUUUUUUUCCUUUUUGGCUCUUAUAUACUACCAUUCUUGAAGCAGUUUAGGUGUUUGACAUAUCAGUGCCCAGUAGAAAACUGAGAGUUCACUGCCCAUAUUAAAGUGCAUUAUUGUAACUAUUGCUCAGGGGUUAUAGAAAUCUAACACAAAAAAUGUCUUAUUACACGGUAAAGAAGAAAAGGAAAAACACCACUCUUUAAUAAGGUAAAACUAAGAAAUAGAAGUUCAGCAUUAGUAGUCAUGGCCAAACCACAUGUACAAUGCCUUUAUUUAUGAAAAAUCAUAGAUUGUUAGGGUGGGGACAUUCACCACUGAACAGACCAACUUUAAUUUAUUACGGUAACAUCUUAUGAGAAAAUGUUGCAGAAGAAAGGAAGUUCGCAAAGAAACUUUCAGCAUUUGUUCUUUGACAGAACAAUUUAUGGUACUAAAGAGCUACAUUAUUAAGUAGUCUCUAAAUUAACUCAGUUCUACUAUGUGCCUUAUGAGCUAACUUGGGAGUAAGUUUGUGAAAAUCAGGAUAAACAUAAUGUUUGUUUAAUUAUCUGUUUCAAGCCCUUUUGACGCCUCACUAGUUUUGUACUGGUUUACCUCUUAUAUCUGAAAACAAAUCUUUUUAUGGCGUACACUAUUAGAAGGGACAAAUGUCUUAGAAACCAGCUGUGCACUCUUUCACAUAUAGCUGAAUAAUUCAAGAGUCUCAUAUAUUGAACCUUGUGUUUAUAGUACAGUUAGUAGUCUAGCAGGAUUGUCCAUGUUUAUUUGUUUCUUGAAAAUGCGUUGUAUAUAAGCACUAUUUCCCUUAAAUAUUUAUGGACCAAACAGUUGUGAUAUAUCCUAUUAAAUUUGUGUGAAUAAAACAUUUUGAAUCUAAUGAUGUUUAUGUUAGAAUACUUUUUUUAAAAAAAAAAACUACCUCUAGUUUUUGUUUUUUAUUUAUUUUUUUAAUUGUCAGUACAUGGAGUAAGAUAAAUGUAUGGAUUUAAAAUACAUCUUUAAAAUUUUUACUUGCUUCACAUUCCAGGCAAACUGAAUAUAUAUGCAUAAUUGCAAAUGUAUUCAUGCAGAUUUUAACUGAUUUUUGAGCAGAUUUUCUGAAAAGAAAAAAAUAUGCCCCACUGAUUUGGUAAUGUAGCUUUACAGAUAAUAGAUAAGCCUAAAGCUAAAGGAAAUGCAUGAUAAAUAUUUAGCCUAGACAUUGAUGUGAACUAAUAUUAGAAAUUAAUGAUAAGUCUACUGAGCACAAAUGAAGUUGUAAUAUACAGUAAAAAAAAAUUGAAGACCCCUAAAAGCCAGGUUGCUCUGUAGUUUAAUAAAUUGUUACUAUGAUUU